AUGGCGGAUACAGACGACAUAUUUGCCCACGUACCACGGCGGACGGCCUCGAAGUGGUCGAAAAAUGGGCCUGGGGACCUUGAGGACUUGGCGAAAGCCACCGCCGCUGCGAAAGAGGAAGCAGAGGAUAGGGUAUUCGCUGCCCAAAAGUCGAAAGCAUUGAUGGACCAACGGAUACGGGAGUUUAAGAUUUCCCAUAGCUUGGUUGUUUUAUUCUUUCUUUGGGUUGCGUAUACACAACUUGUGGGGGUAUACUUGUUCACGAGAGGGUUUCUUUUAACUCGAAAGGUCUUGGAAGAGAAGUCAGAAUGUAAAAUCUCGCCAUUGGGUUUGGAGGCGUACCUUGGAGAGCCGGGGACCGGGUGCUGGCAUCCUAAGACGUUCGAUAAGGCGAUAAUCGUUAUAAUCGACGCACUGAGAUAUGAUUUUACGGUACCGCAGGCAGACGCCAACGGUGUGCCGUCGACGGAGCACUAUCACAAUAACUUCAAAACUCCCUACGAGAUUGCAAUUAAAAACCCAGAGAAUGCAUUUUUAGUCCCUUUCAUUGCGGACCCGCCGACGACAACAUUGCAGAGGUUGAAAGGAUUGACGACUGGGACACUGCCGACAUUUAUGGAUGCUGGUUCGAAUUUCGCAGGAACGGCUAUUGAUGAGGAUAACUUAAUCGAUCAACUCAACCGUACGGGAAAGAAGAUCGCCUUCAUGGGAGACGACACAUGGACUGCCCUAUUCCCUGGCUAUUUUGAUAUUGAGCAUCCAUACGAAUCACUAAAUGUUUGGGAUCUUCAUACCGUUGACGAAGGUGUUCUGACGCACAUGUUCCCGCUACUACACCCGGAUAACUCUUCAUCAUGGGAUGUCAUGAUUGGCCAUUUCCUAGGUGUGGAUCAUGCGGGCCAUCGGUAUGGUCCAGAUCACCCCGCUAUGGCGGCAAAGCAGAAGCAGAUGGAUGUCUUCGUUCAAGAUCUCAUUAAGGCUGUGGAUGACGAUACCUUGGUUGUUAUUAUGGGUGACCAUGGUAUGGAUCCAAAAGGUGAUCACGGCGGGGAAUCCCAGCUAGAGCUGGAGGCAGCUUUAUGGAUGUACUCUAGGAAAGGAGUUUUCGGAAGGAUUCCGGGAUUUGAAGUCCCACCGAAGAAUGCAGUGGAAAGGAGUGUAGCCCAAAUCGACUUGGUUCCUACGCUAGCUUUGCUAUUGGGUCUUCCGAUACCAUACAACAACCUUGGAGGACCGAUACCUGAGGCAUUCAUCGGGCCAAAUGGGGAUAAAUGGGAUAACCUAGCAAAAGUUGGAAGGUUGACCAGUUCGCAAAUCGAGAACUACCAGAAGAGCUACACUGGUGCCCGAGAUGAUGACUCGAUUCCUGAGACGAGAACUACGAAACUAUGGCGAGAAGCAGAAGAGAAGCUUAAGGUGGAUCAAAUCGAAACGACACUAGAUGCUUGGAGGGCAACAUAUGAAACGUUCCUAAACCACCAGAAGGAAACUCUUCACGUCUGCAAAGAUCUAUGGGCGCGGUUCGACCUCACAAGUAUGCUACUCGGCAUCAUAACUCUCGUUAGCAGCGUUAUCUCAAUUUUGAUAUUCGGAAGAGGGAUAUCAGGCGACCUGAAAGAAUUAACUGGGUGGUUCGCUGGAAGAUGUUUCGCCGGGACAGCUAUCGGCGGCCUGGCAGGAUACGGCUUCCACUUUUCUGGGAUAACCGAACAGGGUGAAUUGAAGCUUGCGCUCUUUGGGUCAGCUGCCGGUGGACUCCUUGCCUUCUUUAUCAGCACGACCUCGAUCUAUCGUAGGCUCCAGCAUCUGUUCCCAACCUCAAUCUUCAGCAUCAUGGCGUUACUUUUCACAGUACUCCAGGGAGUUAUGUUCGCAGCGAACUCUUUUACAAUCUGGGAAGAUCGUAUCUUGACAUUCUUCCUAACAAGCUUCGGCGCUGUUGCCUUUUGUUAUUCCUUUAGGCAGGAAGACCCGGCUAUGAGGACCCUUGGAGCCUCUCAGUCAAUUAUAUUCAUGGUACUGACGAAAGUGGCCUCCUUCUCAAGAUUAUGUCGAGAAGAGCAAAUGCCCUACUGCGAGUCUACAUACUAUGCAUCGGCAACCUCAUCCGUUUCUUCCCCUUUCAGUCUUAUCCUACUAUACUUCAUCGCACUCGCCUUCCCGCCAAUCGUUAAAUCGUAUUACACCGGCACCAAGUCAUACGAGGGACCAGCACAGUUGUAUAUUGGUCUCGCCCUCCAACUCGGAUUAUUUUUCAACGCGCUCUACUGGACAUUGGAUUCAGCCGACAACGGCGAAUGGAUCGAUAUCCCCACUGCAUCACUCAAGAGAGCAAAACAUACAAUUGCACAGGUAGUCCUCGGCCUCGCCUUCGUCGCAGGAAACGUCUUUUUCGCCUGGGCGCAGCCGUGCCUCAAUAUCCAAAUCGAGGAAAGUACACCAUCUACCGACGAUGAAAAAACUACAGAUAAACCAUCACAAGCAGCAACAGCAACGACAGCAGCAGCAACAUCCGCCACCCCGUCUCGUAGCAUGAUCAUCCUCGGCUACGCAAACCUUCAUGGUUCCCGUUCUUUCCUCCUCCCAGUAUCAUGGUACCUCGGCCUCGCACUUCUUCAAAAACCCCUCGGCGGCGCUUCAAUGGCCGCCCUACUCUGGCAAAUCCUCGCACUCCUAGAAAUCAUCGACUCAAACGGUCUUUCAGACUCCCCAAUCGGACCCGUAAUCCUCGCCAUGCUAGGAUCUUCCUAUUUCUUCUCCACAGGUCAUCAAGCAACAUUAAGUUCCAUCCAAUGGGAAUCAGUCUUCAUCCCAACCGACGUAAUCCGUCAACCAUGGUCUGGACUAUUAUUCGCAGGUAACGAAUGGGGUCCUCAAAUACUUGCUACAAUCGCCGUACCAACUUUGGCGUUGUGGAAACAACCGGCGAAGGAGGCCGGGUUGAUGGGUAAGGUUGUGAGGGUUUGUGCUACUUAUGUGGCUUAUCAUGCUACUAUCGCGACUUGUACGGUGCUCUGGGCGGCACAUUUGAGGAGGCAUUUGAUGCUUUAUAGAGUGUUUUCACCUAGGUUUAUGUUGGGUGCCCUGGUGCUGUUGAUUUCGGAUGUGGUUAUGGUGCUAGUGGGGGUUAUGAGCGUCAGAUGGAAUUUUUUGUCGGUGGGGGAGGUUUUUGGGUUGGUUAAUUGA